AUGCCCUGUGUUCUUCCCUUAGAUGGAUUGAAUCAGGAGAUCGGGUUAGGCAUCAGAUCGAAAUAUUGGAGGAUUGCACUGUUGCCGAUCACUGCCACUCCAACUCUUGAAGCUGUGGAGGUCACGGGUAAGAAGCCCCCUGCCCCCUUCACCGGGCCUUCUCAAUGGCGUUCCCUCCUCGCUUCGGACUUCCCUUCGCAUGUCCAUGAACCUGCCUGCUCCGCGGCUGCGGACAAGCUGAGAGGUGUUGUUGUUCGCCUGUCUGUGCUGAUGCUAGAAGGCAUUCUGCACGCUUUUGGUCUUAGCCCUGUUUCCACGAAAAUCGGAGCUCCUUUUGUGGCUGCCAUCCUCCGUUCCUUCGCCUGUCAAGAGACACCCUCGGUGGUCGUUCUGCAAGCUCUGAACGAAGAGCUGACGCAAGGUCUACCUUCUGAUCCCGCCGCUGCCGCCGGUCCACAGCUUUCGGAACCCCGGACCUUUGAUGCGGGGGCCACCCUGACGCUUAUUGAGCCACCUGCUCUCAGCCCUGCAGACUCAGCCCUACCCUGCAUCUCCGCUCAACCUGCGACUGAGCCGUCGCCCGCAGGACAAGUGCCUUCUCUCCCUCCAACUAUGAAGCUGCGCCUUACGCGCAAGGGCAAGAGAACGGCCCCAGUCACCGCAACUUCUCCUCCACCUCCUCGCCGUCAACGCGUAGUGAGCAUCUCUUCCCCCACCAGGUCCUCAGAUACGAGCUCGACCCAGGAGACAAGCUUGGCCCGGGAGAAGGCCUCUGAUCUGGAGGUGGCAGACCCGCCAUUGGACUUGACCGCUCCGGUGCCAAUCCAGAGUGUAUUAGCUGCCCCGCCUUCGUCCUCUGGCGAUCAGCCCCCGGACUCGCUGGCUCCCUUCGCCUCUCCUCUUCUCGUGCCUAUGAGCUCGGCCAUGCCGACUCUGAACCUGCCCUCUACAGACCUGGCCUUUAAAGCUUCCUGGAGGCUCCCUUCAGAGACCGACCGGCCUACGUGCCCACUGCCGACCUAUCGCCUAUCUUUGACCUGCUCCGCGAGUCUGAGCGCCGUGCAACGAGCGGCCGAGCUUCAGCGAGAGAAAGCGGCGCUCAAGGCGCGUCUUCAGGAACUAGAGCCCCCUGCGGCUUCCUCAACUCCUCCUGAGCCUUCUCUUGGAAGCUUGGAUGCUUAUCUGCGUGCCGCCGGGGAAUCUGCGGCCUCUGCUCUGGCCAUUUCCCAUGCCGCCUUCGAUAAACUUCAACAGUUGGAGGCGGCUUUGAAGAUAAGUGAGUCUUCCUUGGCUUCUGAAGCGGAUCGUCAUCAAGCGACAGUUUCUGAGCUGAAAGCCAAAGAGGCAGAGCUGCUCUCCCGAUCGGCGGAUUUGAGUUCGCCACAGCAAAGUCAGGAGCUCCUGCAAACGGGGUUGGCCGAUGCCCAGGCCCUGGAAACUUUCCCUUCCUUCGAAGCUGAUGACGGACUUUUCCUCCUGGAGGCUCCUCAUCAUGCUGCCGAUCCAGCUCCCGGGGAUAUUUCUGCCCAGGCCCUUCCUGCUGCUGCUCCUGAAACGUCUGUUGACCCUGCGUCUUCCGCCAUAGUGCUGGCUGACCCCGGGCUCCUUCCGUUGGCUUCCAGUGACCCUGCCCCCUCUUCUUCAGAUGUUGUGUAG